UGUCCCCUCUUUGGUAGUAAGGAGAAGAUUAGUGUCCCAUUGUUGGUAUCAGUGGAAGGAAUAAGAGCCCAAUCUUUGGUAUUAGGGGGAAAAAUAGUGCCCAUUGUUGGUGUCAGUGGGAGGAAUAGUGUCCCAUUGUUGGUGUCAGUGGGAGGAAUAGUGCUCCAUCAUUGGUGUCAGUGGGGGAAUAGUGCCCCAUCAUUGAUAUUAUGGUAGGAAUAGUGCUCCAUCGUUGGUGUCAGUAGAAGGAAUAGUGCCCCAUCUUUGAUGUUAGUGGGAAGAAUAGUGCCCCAUCAUUGGUAUCAGUGGGAGGAAUAGUGCCCCAUCAUUGGUAUCAGUGGGAGGAAUAGUUUCCCCAUCAUUGGUGUCAGUGGGAGGAAUAG